UCAAUUUUGUAAAAGAGGGAAUCAGAAGCCCAGGGAAAAGUAGGUCGUCAGUAUUGAUUUUUACCUGAUAUUCGACAAACAAAGACCUAACUUGCGUAGUGGGGAGCAGAAUAUACGUCGCAGUGUUUCCGUGGAAGUUGAACGUGCAAGAUGCCUGAUGCAGAGUCGGUGGGGUCCACCGUUGAAAAUGUUCGUGUGGUGGUGCGGGUGCGGCCAAUGGACCAGCGGGAGAAGAUGGAAGGCUCCUACAACUGCGUAUCGGUUGACUCCGUGAACAACACCAUCGCUGUGACCAGGAGCAACGCCUCACCGCCCGAGCCGCCAAGAAUCUACGCUUACGAUGCAGUUUUCGACAGUGACACCAGCCAGAUGGAUAUCUACGUGCAGACGGCAAGUCCUAUAGUUGAGCAAGUAGUUCGUGGGUACAACGGAACCAUCUUUGCGUAUGGACAGACGGGUACCGGCAAGACAUAUACAAUGGCUGGCUCCAACACAGCACCGGAGCUGCGAGGCAUCAUACCCAAUUCAUUCGCACAUAUCUUCAGUCAUAUCGCCAAAGCGAAGGACGAUGAAAAGUUCUUGGUAUGCGUGACAUAUCUAGAAAUCUACAAUGAAGAAGUUCGCGAUCUGCUCGGUAACAACCCGCACCAGAGUUUGGAGGUCAAAGAGAGACCUGACAUCGGCGUAUUUGUUAAAGACCUUACCGGUUACGUGGUACAUAAUGCUGAUGAGUUAGAGAAGAUUAUGUCAGUUGGUAAUAAGAAUCGACAUAUUGGGGCUACGGCUAUGAAUAUAGAAAGUUCACGUUCCCAUGCUAUCUUUUCCAUUACCGUCGAGAGUAGUAAGAAGGGGAACGAUGGGAAGACGCACGUUAAGAUGGGGAAGCUGCAUCUUGUCGAUCUAGCGGGUUCUGAACGUCAGAGUAAGACUCAAGCGACUGGAACACGUUUGAAGGAAGCCAGUAAGAUAAACCAGUCGCUGUCUGUUCUCGGCAACGUUAUAUCAGCGUUAGUUGACGGCAAGUCUACACAUAUACCUUAUCGCAAUUCAAAGCUGACCCGACUGCUGCAGGAUUCACUCGGAGGCAACUCCAAGACUGUUAUGAUAGCAACAAUUGGUCCAGCGGAAUCAAACUACGUCGAAACAAUAAGCACACUGCGAUAUGCAAACCGCGCUAAAAAUAUUGAGAACAAGACGCACGUCAACAGCGAACCUGGAGAUGCAUUGCUCACCAGAUUUCAACAAGAGAUUGAUCAACUCAAAAAACAAUUGGAAGAGACUGCUAACGAAAUCGAAGAAGGCGAAGAGGAAGGUGAAUGCAGUGAGGAGGAACUGAGCGAUGAUACCCUCACUGACCCCGAGCUGGACUCUCUCGACCCUGAAGAGAGGAAGAUACGCCGCAAGAUCAGGAAGGAAGAGAAGGUUAAAUUAAACAGAGAGAAAGCGCAUCAGGCGAGGAAAGCUCUGGAAGAAAAGAAAGCUGAAUUACAAAAGACUAAGAAGCAACAAGAAGAACUUAAAGAGAAGUUACAACGCUUGGAGUCCAAAGUGCUGGUUGGUGGUGAGAACUUGCUGGACAAGGCGGACGCGCAGCGCCGGUUACUGGAACAGGCAGCAAAGGAACUGGAACAACGCACCCUCAAUGAACUGAGGCUGCAGGAAGACUUGCAGAAGAAAGAGGCGGAGCGUCUGGACCUGGAGGAGCGGUACUCCAGCCUGCAGGAGGAAAACGCAGCUAAGACAAGGAAACUCAAACGUGCCGUACAACUACUUAACUCUGCUAAGGCGGAGCUGGCUGACCAGCAGCGCGAGCAGCAACGGGAGAUGGAGGGCAUCCUGGAUGGAGUACGAGCUCUACGCCGCGAGAUACAACUCGCAGACCUUGUACUCGACUCUUACAUACCCAAGGAGUACCAGGCGUUAAUCGAUAAAUACGUACACUGGAAUGAACAACUCGGCGAAUGGCAGGUGAAGUGUGUCGCGUACACUGGCAACAAUAUGAACGCGCCGCACCAACGCCCUCAACGGACACACAAGCAUCAGGUGGAACCCCCAGAUCUAUCGGACCGGUAUCUGUCGUACUCGUCAGUGGGGGGAACGCGACCUGGUACCAGACUGGCGCGGCCCCAGUCCGCAGUCCCAAGACCUAAUUCUGUGGCAUUACGCCAACGACAGUAAACAUUACUUACUCUAUGAUGUACUCAUGCUAGCUUCAUUUAAUCUUUGGUGAAAUAAUUCCAUUUUUACCGUAUUUAAUCUAUAGCUUAAAUAUUACCAAUUAAGUAGAAAUCGGUAAAAUAUUUAUACGAAAAAGUAUUUAUGCUUAAACGUGGAAGAAUUGUAGAAAAACCUUUGUCUUAUGUUUUUUUUUUCAUAAUUUUGACAGUUCGUGUUUUCGUGAUUUUAGAUUAUUGUUCAUGUAUUUCACUUGUUUUUUAAAACUUUAAUAAAGAUGU